UGACGUCAGACCUGUCACCCAACCAUAUGACGCGUUCGCCCGAUGUUUUCUUUUCCAUCUGGCGCACUGUGUCGUGUCUGUUUACUGUUGAGUUGCUGCAAAACGCAGGCGACUCGAUGCCUCCAAUCGUAUUAACAGCAUAGCCACGGCUGCAUACACCACAAUGAGCGAUAUUUCAGUGGAAGUCACCGGCGAUAUGGCUCCGGGGCCAUUGCCGCAAAAAAGUGGAAUUGCCAGUUUAUGGCAAAUGCCGCUUGCGCUGCCCGACCCGAAAGAUUGGCUCGCACAGCAGCGACAAAAUGUGCGCCCAUGGCUGGUAUUUCUACAAACUUCAAAUUUUAAAGCACCUGCGUCAAUUCCGCGCCUCAGCAGGCGAAUUAUGAGAAAUAUUGAGUACUUCCAGAGUAAUUACAUCUUUGUAUUCCUGGGCCUGAUUGUUUACUGCUUAAUAACAAGUCCAUUAUUACUGUUUGCUAUUGGUGGAUCCUUCUACUGUGGCUAUAAAUUGUCCAAGAGGCAUGCAGCAGGAUCAAAAUUGGUGCUGUUUGGCCGCGAGUUGACUCUCGCGCAGCAGUACGGACUGGUUUCGUUGGGCUCGAUGCCAGUUUUGUAUCUGGUGGGUGCGCACGGAGUGAUUUUCUGGGUGAUUGGCGCUUCCUUCACGUUGAUUACGCUGCACGCGGCGUUUUACAACAUUGACGCGCUGAUGAGCAGCAGCGAGGAUGAGUUUGGCCUGCUGCAGGAGGUGUAGCGCAUAAUGUAGGGCACAUAUUAUACGCUUGCUUGUUGGUUGGUUACGAUUGUAAUAAAUUUUCAAUUUGUAAA